CCACAGCUUAAAUUAGUAAAGUUGGAGAACAACAUGCAUACACACAAGAGAACGCAUUGACCUGCUUAUAGUCUGAUGACCACCAUCACAUAUCCAGGUCAAGAUUGGUAGUCCAAGAUGGCCUUGGAUGAGGAUUCCGAUGUGCCCCGCUUCGAGAGCAAGGAGGAGGAGCUGACAUGGUGGAAAAAGGAAGCGCUGGACGCCAGGUCAACGCUCAAGGAUAUGGGUGGCAGAUUGGAAGAGUACAUGGAAAGUUCGAAAGAACUAGAAAAGGAGAUGGAAAUCGAACUAACGAUUGCUAAUAACAGUACACGAGAUGCCCAAGUUCGUGCGGAAAAGCUUAAAGGUGAUGUGGAUGAAUGGAAAGGGAAAUAUCAAAGGACAUUAUCAGAUCAUAACAAGACAUUGGCAGAACUGAAUCGUGAAUUGUCCACUCUGCGCGAGUCUCACAAUGCUUACAAGGCAAAGCUUCGGGAUAUGGAAUUGGAUAAUGAUGAAUUGGAGAAUGCAGAAAGAAUGGUUGCCUCCUCGCUCACAGAUAUGGAGUCAAGAUACAAUCGUGCUAUCGAACGUACUGCCAUGCUUGAAGAAGAGCUUGUUGCAAAAACAAAACUAGAAGAAGAAAAUCAGCGGCUGAAAGAUGAACUACAAGAAGUCAAGGAAGAGUUGGCAGUAUGGCAGGAACGUGUUACAUCCAGCCGUCCUACCACACGUACGCCUACUGAGAUACAUUCGGUAAGGUCAGGCCGUUCUUCCGUCGAUAUUGACCGAGCUCUUUACCAACGACCUUCAUCAAGAGCAGGCGCUCACGAAAGAUCAGGCUCAAGAACUGGUUUCAUUUCACCUUUGCAAACCGUACCUUCGUCCUCAUCUAGUGCUUCGGCCACAACAUCGUCAGCGCAAAGGCGAACAUUGCUGUCUCAAAGAUCCUCAUUGGCGGCGUCUACGCAUGCAAGGAGAGAUUCAUCUGAUGUGAGACAGGUACAAAGUGAUGGUUUGAGCUCUAGCCCCUCCUCCGGUCAGCUAAGAGCACGUCAAUCUAUCGGACUUUCACGCUCUACCGCUGCUGGAGCAAUGCCAGCACGUAGAUCAACAUUAGCUCCAAGUUCUAGAGGUCAGCAACAAGGCUCAAGUAUGAAGAAGAUGGCAGGAUUGUUGCAGAAUCUGAGAGAACUGCAAGCAACUGUACAAACGGCCACUCGAACUGCUCCAUCCGAUGGAGGUGCAAGUGCGAUCCCUCGACCUGCUUCACGCAUGUCCUCCAGUAUCGGUCCGAAAGAUGGAUCGCCUGUUGCUGCGACACCAAGGAGAAGUGUGAUUGGUAGAAGUAGUGAAGAUCAGUCAACGCCAAGUGCUAUACCUUUACCUGCUAACGGUUUGUCUCGAUCAACCUCGCAAAGACCACCCUCACGCCUUUCGAUGCCGGCUUCAAACGGGUAUGUACCUCCUUCCGUUCGCGCUCAAACUCCGAACUUAGAGCACUACAAUGGUUCACUAGACUUUUUGGACCAAGAUCCUGCUCAGACUCAAACCCAAUACAGAAGAAGAAGUCACUUAUCAACUCUUGCAUCCUCAACUAGUAUCAAUACACAAUCUUCUGUUGGGGGUGGUGCAAGUCAUUUGGCUGCGUCGACUCGUCCUCGAGGAAGUACACUUUCCAAUCACAAUCCUAUGGGACCAGCUAGCCGAAGGGAUGAUCCUUUGAGAAAGACAAUUCAACCUCGAUCGGGCAAACCUGCCCCGCCGCCGGUUUCAUUGCGUCAAACGAUUAAUCGACCUAGGAGUAGUUCCGUUGGAUCGAAUAAUGGUUGAUUGCAGGCGUAGAGCCUUUUUUGUUCGACUUUAUUACUAUCUUGUAUUAUUAACACUCAUUUUUUACCAAUACCUUGAUUUCAAGAGCUCAUUCAAAGUCAUCAAAUGAACAUGUAUUAUCC